AGGAAUUUAUUGUUAAAAAAUUGUUUCACACAAAAUAAUAUUACAAUUCUAUUAAACAAGAAAAUCUAUUUUGAUACAACAACUAUUCCUCAAUGUUUCCUCAAAUUAAAAAUGUAUUUCUGUUGGAUAUUCGAGGAUGGCAUAAUAUAAGCACGCGUUUGGUUCAUCUUACAUAUUUGCUGAAUAAGAAUGAUAAGGAUUACCGUAUUGAAACGGAUACUUUGGGAGAAGUAAAGGUACCCAAAGGCAAAUACUAUGGGGCACAGACUGUGCGGGCUCAAAAGAACUUUCCCAUAGGUGGGCCAGAAGAACGUUUACCGGUUCCUUUAAUAAAAGCCAUGGGAAUUUUGAAAAAGGCAGCUGCCGUAGUAAAUGUGGACUAUGGCAUGGAUGCCAAUGUAAGCAAAGCCAUUGCAGAGGCCUGUGAUGAAAUAAUAGAAGGCUGCCUAAUCGAAGAACAUUUUCCAUCCAUUAUCUGGUCCACUAUUACACAAACUAAUAUGAAUUGUAAUGAGGUUAUCAGCAAUCGGGCCAUUGAAAUCAUGGGUGGUGAAAUUGGCUCCAAAAAACCAGUACAUCCCAACGAUCAUGUGAAUAGAGGCCAAAGCUCUAAUGAUACACUACCGACGGCCGUAAACAUAUCCAUGGGCAUGGAGUUAAAUAAUACCCUUAUACCAGCUAUUACCGAACUAUAUAAUGGCCUAAAGGAAAAGGAAGAAGAGUUUGCAGAUAUUGUAAAAAUUGGUCGUACUCAUCUUCAAGAUGCUGUUCCCCUAACUUUGGGUCAAGAAUUCAGUGGCUAUGCUCAGCAAAUGAAAAAUGGUCUAAAUCGCAUUGACUCGGUAUUGCCACGUGUCUAUGAAGUCUGUUUGGGUGGUACAGCUGUGGGUACAGGUAUUGGAGCUAAUCAAUGUUUUGCUGAAAAGUGUGCUGACAAAAUAGCUGAAUAUACUUGUCUGCCUUAUAAGAAGGCACCAAAUUUGUUUGAGUGUAUUGCUACCAAUGACGUUAUGGUUGAGGUGCACGGUUGUUUGAAUACCAUUGCUGCAAGUUUGAUGAAAAUAGGCAAUGAUAUACGUUUGUUGGGUUCGGGACCACGUUGUGGUUUGUCGGAACUAAUGCUGCCACCAAACGAACCGGGAAGUUCUAUAAUGCCGGGUAAAGUUAAUCCCACUCAAUGCGAAUCAUUGACUUCAAUAUGUACCCAGGUUAUGGGAAAUCAUGUGGCUGUGACUAUAGGCGGUUCAAACGGUCACCUAGAGCUGAAUGUGUUUAAGACCGUCAUGGUGGCAAAUGUUUUGCGUUCCAUACGUCUUUUAGCUGAUGGCUCCAAAAAUUUCAACAAUAACUGCAUUAAGGGCCUCAAAGCUAAUAAAAAGAAAAUCGAAAAGAUGAUGAAUGAAUCCUUAAUGUUGGCAACUGCUCUUAAUCCUCAUAUUGGUUAUGAUAAGGCAGCUUUGAUUGCCAAAACUGCUAACCAGAAUGGUACUACACUCAAGGAGGAAGCAGUGAAGUCUGGCUUUGUUACUGAGGAACAAUUUAAGAAAUGGGUUGAUCCUAAGAAGAUGAUUAGUCCUCAAAAGUAAAGGAAGGAUUCUGUUGUCCUUAUGAUGUUCUAUGUGUAUAUUUUUUUUUUUGUAUUGGAUUUAUUUUAUAAUAAAGCAGCACCAAUAUUUUACUUAAAUGCAA